AUGGCUAAGUCCUCCAGCUCAGCUUCCAAGAAGCAGAAGCUGGACCAUCUCGAUGCUUUCCGUAGAGGCAUUCCCUUCGUGUCGUGCUCGGCAUUGGCAGCGAUUUUGAACAAGGUGGAACAGGAAGGAGUGCCAGAGCUGCAUGGAAGGAAGAACAUCAAGCAAGCGGUUCUGGAGAAGAUUGCCGCCAUGGCUGGGGAUUGUGGGUCUUUACUCAAGCAGCUCACAGCUGUGCGAAUUGAUGAAGAAGUGCAGCCUGCGAAAGCAUCGCUUCUAGCAUGGUUGCAUGUGCUCGAACUCUUGAACGAUCAAAAUCAAGCACCACUUCGGUCCAGACAAUUGCUCCUUGCUUGCGAGGAAGCCUUGGAAAAAGCGGUGCAGGCAGGAUGGGGUCCAGUGAUGCGGCCGAAGUUUCAUUGGACCCUCCACUUGGAUGGUUGCUACGAGAAACAAGGAUUUCUGCCUGCAUGCUGGGUCUUGGAAGCCGCCCGUAAAUAUGGGUCGGCUUCUAGCAAUACGAUUCGUUUCGACACAUCUCUUCUGGAAGAGGUGACUGCAGAGCAUUUGUCGGUCAUGGGCAAAGAAGAGGGUUUCCAUUUGCGGGCACAUUUGCUGCAGCCGCAUGCUUGCACUGCAAAGCUGAAGAAAAGCUUGGUGCAGUACAAUGUCCUGCGGCAGGAGGGUGAGUGCAUGACAAGCACCAUGACAAGGCUGAAGCAUGGUGCUAUCAUCAAGAAAGGCGACAUGGUGCUGCAUGGCAGUGAGCCAGGGCACGAGUGCCCUUAUAGAUGUGCCAAAGUGCACUGCUGCAUUGAGCUGCACAAUAUUGCUCUGGUGAUGCUUGCCCCCGCCACUUUCCUUCAGCAGCGGUGGGACAUGAACAUGCUCAAGUUUCGUGAAGAGGCAGGUGACCCCCAGAUUUACAUCAUCGGUGCCGAUGACCUGCUUUGCAGUGUCGUGUACAACAAAGCCAAUGAUGGCACACUGACCGUGUUGCCGCCUGCCUAUUUGCGACCUCGCCAUGCAUGA